GUAGUGGUGGUGGGUGGUAGUGGUGGUGGAGGAGUUGCUCGGCGGCUGCUUUCAACUUCCAACAUGGCGACCGCCUUGUGAUUAUUUCCUACACGCAUGGGUCAUAUGGACGGACGAUGGGGGCAUUAUUCAGAUUAAAAAAGAAGGUCUGACAGACUCUGCUCCAUUGGAGCAUGAUUCCUCGUGCCACAGCCCCUGCUGAACAUGGGAAUCCCUUCGCUUCUCAACCUCCGGCAUUGUUAUUAGCUAUCGUCACAUCAAGACAAAUAUAGAGCCUAUUCCAUUACAUGUGCUGAACUAGGUACAUCUCAGCAUAAAAUAUAUCAGGUCCACGUUGAGCUAGAAUAAAGCCCCAAGCAAUGGAGAGCCUUCUGAUUCUUCCGAUGUUCCAGAGUUGGCUCAUUGGUGAAUCAGAUCAUCAUCCGAUUCAGAUGACCUUCACAAUUCUUUCCAAGUUUAUUGCACAAGGCUUGGGUUAUCCGCCUGAAUCCAAUGUUAGCUGAGACGUGAGGUUCUCGCCACGAUUCCAAGGAAACUUGUCUUCUUGUUGUACUUCUCCUUUCGGUCGUUCCCUAUUCCAAGUUCCAGCCCAGUUGGUCGGCUGGUUGUUUAGUUGGUUGGUUGGUGGUUGGUCGGAGGCAGGACUACUACCACACUCUCUUCUGUUCCUCGUCCCUUCCUUCAACACUUGACGCAGACUCAACAACAUGCAAUGGAAAUAGGAUUAGGAUCUUUAUAUUGACGGUGAGGGACUUAAAAAGCUUGAAGGGCUUCAGAUUUAAAGUUUUAACCAUAAAGAGCUUGUGAUCAAUAAACCGGUGGCAAAACCUGGGCCACGGAAAAAGCUGAAUCAAUAUUUACAAUCUGAAACACAUUGGCAGAGGAGUGUAUUGACAUUGCCCGCACUUGAACAUCAAGAGUCAUUUGCGACCAAAACUUUACACAUACUAGGCCCCUUUAACAGUUCCGGUCAGCGAUCUUCUUUGAAUGCACUAGGGCUAUGUAAAGAACAGUUCAUAUUGCAUAUUUGAAUUGAGAAUUAGGCGUAAGGAAGAUAACCCGGAUGCAACUAAAACGCAGAUAUAUCUCACCGCUUCGAUGCCUCUCUGAAUGCUCCUCGUUCGCGUGACUUGGCAAGGAUCUGUACAUUAAUGGAGGCAUCCCUCUACUCGAAUGCAGGAGGGGACAUUGGCGAAGACGACGACUAUGAGCACGGCGACGACCAGGGUUGUGGUGGUGGUAAAAUGAUGACGACAAGGGGGUGAGGAAUGAGGAUAAAGUAUUUGAAUUCGAACCGGGAAGUUCAGAGCCUUCAGUCGAGAUCAAGAUCUUCUCAAGCGUUGGGUGCUUAAAAUUACCAUCAGGAAGGGAGAACGUGUAUCAACGAGCAAGAUGGGAUCUGGGUCUGGCAGACAGUCGCUGAUUUGCAUUGUCAUCUCGACCAUUGUUGUGCUCGUCUUGCUUCCGUCUUCCUCCAAGAUUUUGAGUGGAGUUCAAGCUCAAGAUGAGGGGAAAUUGGCUCUACCCGUUGCCAAGGAUUGCAGAGACAGGAUCCUUAAUGGUGAGUUCAAUGGAACACGCUAUUUUUUCUCCUGGGUAUACGAGCCCACCAAGGACAUGAAAGUCACGUGGUUUCAAGCGAGAAAUGUGUGUCGUCGACAUUGCAUGGAUCUGGUGUCCCUGGAGACCUCGGAGGAAAACGAGUACAUCAAGGACCAGUUGAUUAAAUCCGCCAUUCGUUACACGUGGACCUCCGGUCGAAAGUGCAAUUUUGAUGGUUGCGAUCGCACUGAUCUCCAACCCGUUAUUGUCAAUGGAUGGUUUUGGUCUGGCUCUGGGAUUCGCUUGGGACCCACAAACAACACGCUGGACGGAGAUUGGGGCCUUGAAGGAGGAGAUGGACAAAGCCAGCCCGACAACAGAGAGCUCAGAGUCACGGGCGAAAAUGACGAGGCUUGCUUGGCUAUUCUCAACAACUUUUACGGCGACGGGAUCGUUUGGCACGACAUUGCGUGUUACCAUAAAAAAUACUUCGUUUGCGAGGACAAUCCAAAACUUCUCAAAUUCAUCGCGGACAACAAUCCUGGAAUCAAAUUGUUCUAAGGCUGCUGAGGCCAAAAUGUCAAUUUUGACCUGAACCCACUUGACUACUUGUAUAUAUAUGUGUCUAUAAUUUCAAUAUUAUCUAUUGUUCAGCAACAAUUCUAUUAUUCCAGAU